ACAGUGUUAAAAUAAUUAACCCAAAAAGAAAUCAGCUGAAAAUUUCCGACUCAGCUGCAGCAGCAAUUAUGGAGUCGUUGUCGUAUCGAUCAUUUGGCGUUCCUUGGCCUGAUCUCAACGACGGUUUGUUCUACAACGACGUUGUUUCUUCCGCUGAUUCUGAAUUGACACUAAUUGAGUUCUACUCUAGUAAGUAUAAGAGUUCAGCUCCAUUGCAAGGUUGGUUACAGAGAAUACAUAGUGGACAGAUAACAAUUGAUGGUACAGUUGUUAAAGAACCCAAUACAAUUCUCAGGGCUGGUUUGGAACUCGUUUAUCAUAGGCUUCCAUGGAGAGAGCCCGAUACACCUUAUAUGAUACAAGUUUUGUAUGAGGAUGAUGAUAUGGUAAAAUUGUUUUAUAGUGGUUGCUUUAUAAAUAUUGCUUUAAACAAGCCUUCUGGUCUGCAAGUUUUGCCUGGAGGGCUUUUCCAGCAACGAACUGUUUUGACACAACUCCAGUGGUUGGCAAGGAAACAAACCUCUUCUCUGGCAAGCCAAGGAUCCCAACCUGUUCCUGUUCAUCGUCUAGGAAGGGGCACAUCAGGUAUAUUGCUUUGUGCAAAGUCAAAGCCUGCCAAGGCUCACCUGGCAGCAUAUUUUGCUGAUGGCACAUCUCUUAUUGGAGAAGAUGGCACUAAGUUUGGCAAGAGGAGGAAAAUUUCAAAGAUAUAUCGAGCACUAGUAGAUGGGAUACUCCAACAGGAUAAGGUUAUCAUCCAGCAGCCAAUUGGAACAGUGAGAUACCCUGGAGUAGCCAAAGGGCUGUAUGUUGCUUCACCUUCAGGUAAACCAGCAUUGAGCAAAGUUGAAGUGCUUGAGAGAGAUGUGCAGAGAAAUCGCACAUUGAUCCAGGUUGAGAUUGAGUCAGGACGGCCACACCAAAUACGAAUUCAUCUUUCUUUCAUAGGGCAUCCUUUGCUAGGCGAUCCCCUUUAUGUCGAUGGUGGGCAACCUAAGUGCUUUGAUUCUGAAUUGGCAGUUGAAAGUCUUGCCGAAGAUGGGGGUUAUCAGAGGCCUACAAAACCUGUUCCUGGAGAUUGUGGCUACUACUUGCAUGCGCAUCAAUUAUUCCUCUUACAUCCAACCACAAAUGAGGCUGUUAAGAUCACAGCACCACUGCCAUCUAUGCUACAAAUGGAAAAGCAGAGGCCAAAAGCACGAAAGCAAUCUUGUAAUAGCUUUGAUUAGAGAAGUGAAUGUGAAGUGGUCUGACCUGAGACAAGUUGCAUAACAUCAGGCGUGGAAGUUUCGAAGGGAAAACCAUGCAUGCACAACAGCUGUACUGAUGUUUUGUCCACAAUUUUGGUCUGAGAUUUAAAUAUAAAUAAAUGUUAUAUAUAAAAUUUUACCACUGAAUCAUAUCUAACGUGUCAGAGGGGAAAACGACAAUUAUGAAAACAGACAAGAAAGGAUCUCAAGCGACCAAUCCAAAGCAGGUAACAUGCUGGUGUUGACUUGGGCAGAAGAAGACAGACAGAAACAGAGUGAAGUCGUAACAUCAAUAAUUGCGCCUUAUUCACAGCCUAUUUUAAAGAAUUUUGCUCAAAUCCUCCAAAAAUGUACGCAUUGCCCACACCCAUCCGCUAUUUUUCAUUCAUACGUAUUUGUCAUAUGAUUGAUUAUUCAGCAGCGUACGAUAAAAAAAAGUUAUUUGUUGAAUUAAUCUAACCUGAAUUCAAACUUCA